AGCUCAGUUAACUUCGAAUCUAGUUUGAUCGGGCGGCCUGGCUUGGACCGCGUCGUGAACUUCUGUGAACUAAAGCGGCCCAAAGAAAAACCAGUUAUUAGUCAACUUUCAUUCAAAGCAGACGUUAACAGUGCUCGGAGCGGAUAGAGACGCGGGCAAAGAGUCAACGGCCGACUUCUGUGAUUUUUCUCAAUAACUACAAUGCAUAAUCAUAUGUAUGCAUACUAUAAUAUGAAAUCAUAAUUAUUAUGCUGUGGAAAAUAUAUUGUAAGUGAAUGCGAAGUGAAAACUUAUAAACGCAAGACGCUCACGCCAUAUACAUGUUUCACGUAUGCAUGUGUAUCUAAAAAAAAAUAAUCAUCUAGUGUGUGCAUAAAUUAAUCGCUGCUUAUGCCACAAAAACAACUGUGAAGCCCCGAGCUAAUGAACAUGAGCAACAACUUCAGGAGCAGGAACCACAUCGCCAACAUCGGUAACGUCGCCAGCUGCCACCAGCGCACAAUGUUGGGCCGAAAGUCAUUGUUCGGAGUUUUGAGAGGAGCGACGGCCAUGUCUUUUUCGCAUCCAAUGCCCCUCAUUAUACUGCUGGCGUUGUGCACAGCCGGAAAUUGCCAAAUUUGUGGUCCUCCGGCAGUGCCGCUGAAUUCCAAAGUACGAACAGUGCCCGGAAACUCUGGAAUUGCAGAAGCGCACUACGAGUGCGACGCCGGCUACGAGCUAUUCGGGCCAACUUCGAUAAAGUGCGACGAUCGAACGGGAUGGGAAAGGGAUCUUCCCUUCUGCGGAGUUAACGUGGCGUACCGCAAGCCUGUCAACCAGAGCUCCUACACUCGCAGUGGUCCUGCGAGCUACGCCAAUGACGGCCAGCCUGGCAAUAAGAAUCCCGAUGGCCAAGAGUGCUCGGAGACGCAAAAGGAGCCGUCACCCUGGUGGCGUGUUGACCUUCUCACACCACAGGCGGUGCAUGUUGUGCGGAUCACAACGCGCGGAUGCUGCGGGCACCAACCGUUGCAGGAUCUCGAGAUCCGCGUGGGUAAUAGCAGCGCUGACUUGCAGCGGAAUCCCUUGUGCGCCUGGUAUCCCGGAACCUUAGAUGAGGGCGUCGUGAAGACAUUUACGUGUGCCCGGCCACUGGUCGGCCAAUUUGUGGUCAUCCAGCUGGUAGGCGUCGAGGGCAGUCUAAGUCUGUGCGAGGUGGAGACGUUUACUAAUGACGAGUUCUCCGUGGACCGCUGCUUGAGCCCCACGCUUGGAGUAGACACUGUGGUGACAACAUUCUCAAAAACCUGCUACGACUUCCACAUUACAAAAGGAGAGAGUUUUGAAAGAGCACAAGCCAUUUGCAAGAAAACUGGUGGCGACUUGGCUUACGAUUUUAGAGGCGCCACCAGCCAGUACAUUUUGUCUGAGCUGGAGCGUCGCAAGACUGAACUGAAGCCUCAGCUCGUAUGGAUCGGAGCUCAGAAAGAGCCUGGCAUCACAUCUCGGACCUGGAAAUGGGUCAACGGCGAAGUGGUACAAAAGCCCACUUGGGGCAAGGACCAGCCAAACAACUACAAUGGAGAACAGAACUGUGUGGUGUUGGAUGGAGGUCGCAACUGGCUGUGGAACGAUGUCGGUUGCAACUUGGACUACCUGCACUUUAUCUGCCAACACUCUCCAUUUUCUUGCGGCUCCCCGGAUGUCAAGCAAAACACCACUGUCAUGGGCAAGAAAUUCACUCUGGGGGAGAAAAUCCAAUACGCCUGCCCCAAGGGCCACUCAUUGCUCGGUCAAGCGGAACGGACAUGCAGACUCGAUGGAACUUGGAGCGGUUUGGCGCCGACCUGCAAAUAUGUUGACUGUGGAGAGCUGCCAGAGCUAAAGUACGGGUCCAUUCACUUGUCGGAGGAGCGCACCAGCUUUGACGUGGUGGCCACGUAUAGCUGUCACGAAAACUAUACGUUGAUUGGCAAUGAAAACCGAACUUGCGACGUGAAUGGGUGGAGUGGCAAGCAGCCUGAAUGCCUGGUGGACUGGUGUCCAGACCCACAGCGCAUUACUGGAGGCAACGUGCAUUUCAACGAUAAGCGGGCUGGGUCCACGGCCACCUACGAGUGUGAUCUGGGUUAUGUACUUGUUGGUGAGGCGAUUAUCUCUUGUGGACUGGGAGGCGAGUGGUCAAGCAAAACUCCGUCCUGUCGAUUUGUGGACUGUGGAGCUCCAGCACGUCCAGACCGAGGCAGCUCCGUUCUUUUAAACAGCACUACAACUGUUGGGUCGGUGGUCAAGUACGAGUGCGAUGAGGACCACUGGCUCGACGGGCCGUCGGAGCUUUACUGCACCAGGGACGGAAAAUGGUCAGGCGAAGCCCCUGUCUGCGAACUAGUCACAUGCGAAAUGCCCCCGGUGCCACCCGGCUCAUACGUCGUGGGCUAUGACUACAAUGUCCACUCGAAGAUCAAGUACUCCUGCGAUCCCGGACACAUCAUGCAUGGUAUCUCGGAUUUGGAGUGCCUCGAUAGCGGCGAAUGGAGCACAGAUGCUCCCAUUUGCGAAUACAUUGACUGCGGCCCGAUCUUACCCAUUCCGUAUGGCGGCCACAAAUAUGUAACCAACAGCACCUACGUGGGCUCCGAGGUAGUCUUCAGUUGCACCCAGUCUCAUAAGCUCAGCGGCGUGGUGAAGCGUCAAUGCUUGGAGUCGGGUGUCUGGAGUGACGCCUCUCCAAAGUGCGAAGAAAUUCGCUGCCCGGAGCCUAAACUAGCAGCUCACAGUUUGCUUUCCGUAACCGGUAACGAUCGCAUGUAUGGUCGCACACUCAUUCGCACCUCGGAAUCUUCUCAAAAUACAGCUCAAACAUACAAAAUUGGUGCUUUGGCUAAGUAUCGCUGCGAACGAGGAUAUAAAAUGGUGGGCGAAGCUCUGGCCACUUGCAUGGAUAGUGGUCAAUGGAGCGGCGCAAUUCCGGAGUGUGUGUACGUUGAAUGCGGGGCACCGGAGAACAUUACCAACGGAAAGGCGAAUCUGGCCACCAAUGCUACCUACUACGGAGCAGCCGUGCUCUAUGAAUGCAACGUGAACUUCAAGCUUAAUGGAGUGUCCCGCCGCCUGUGUACCGAGCACGGAAACUGGAGUCAUGAGACACCAGAGUGCGUGGAGGUUGUGUGUGACAUGCCCAAUAUCAAUGAAAACCUGAUCGUCGAGGCUGGAACUCGAGCCGUGGGGUCUGUGGCGACCUUUAAGUGUGCCAAGGGUCGUAUCAUGGUCGGAAACGACACCCGCGUCUGCCAGAAAAAUGGAAAAUGGGCUGGAAAGAAUCCAACUUGCAGACCUGUCGAUUGCGGACGUCCACUAGCAAUCGAGAAUGGACGAGUAAUUGUGGUCAACGACUCCACCCUGUACGGUGGCUCCGCGGAGUACCAUUGUAUACCGAACUACAACCGGAUAGGGCAAUACCUGCGCAAGUGCACCGACGACGGGGCUUGGAGUGGCAAGCAGCCCCGAUGCGAAUUGGCUACCGUUGAGGGCCAAGAGAGCUCCGACCUGAGCACUGGCGUGGGCAUUGGGGCGACUAUCAUUGUGGCGUUGCUGGUUGUGUUCGGUUUUAUAUUUCUCUACCGCAACAAAGCCCGACCUGUCAAGAAUACUGAAAACGUGCAGGCAGCCGAGACGAAGGACGAGCGAAAUGCUGCCGUCAUGUCGUACUCUACCCUGGAGGCCAACAAUCGGAUGCACAUGGAUAACAACACCUCGGCUACAUUCAACACGUUCCACGGCGUUGACGGUCGUGGCAAUAAUGCCGCUUAUUCAGCGGCUGGUGGCGAAAGACUGAACAACAACCGAUCUGAGAACAUCUACGAUCAGAUCCCAAAUGAACAGUUUUACGAUGCUCCUUACGAAAUGCGGACUAACGACGAGGUUUAUGAACCCGAACCGGUGGCCAGUAACGUUAUUACCAUCAACGGGAUAUCCGUUAGAUAGGGUUCCAUAAGGCCUGUCAUUAGAUUAUUGUUAUGCGAGUUAUGAGACUCUAACGAAUGAUCAGAUAGGUCGACAGAGCUGUGGGCUCAUCAAAUUAUGUACCUACCAGAAAUCAUUCUUAUAUUCUUAAUGUGCAUAGCUUUGAAAAAGUUAUAAAUGAUCAAUUGAACAAUAUUGAUGUUUCUAAUAUUUAUUAUAUUAUUCUUUUCAUAUUUUGAUCAGUCCCAACAAAAACAUCAACAACAAAACAACAACAAAAACAUAGCAACAUUUCUAUACGAUUUCCUUUAUAUGUACUACCACUAAAUGCAGACGAUAUUAAAAUCACUUACAUAUAUUUACUUUAAUGUAUAACCUUAUUAAUGCAAAGGUUUCUUUUUUAUGAAAUUUUCAAUUUACAUGAAUUAAAGCACACGGGCGUGCGACCUAAAGAAAAUUAUUCAUGCUUAGUCUUCUGUUAACGUUAGUUUUGUACGCUUAAGUGUAUAUAGUUAUUGUUUAAGAAAGGAAAUUAGUUACUCGUAGUUUUGCUUGUAAAGAUGUAUGACAGCUUCAUGUACCUAACAAGUACUUUAAUCUAAACUUGAAAUCGACUGCAAAGCGAAAAUCAAUAAAAAUUCUGCCAAAUACA